AAACAAAAUAGAUACACGGAAUAGGGCAAUGCUUUUAAUCUUAUUAAUCGUAUCAUAUACCGGUUGUACUGUAUAAUAACAUCAAAAGUGCCGCUUAUAGCUAAAAUAAAACAUUUGUACUUCUUUAAGAGGUUAUAAUAUUUACGAAAGAUACGAAAAAGAGAGAACAAUAAAAAGCAUGAAUUGUAUAUCAUUUGUGUAGACAUUUAUAUGACUAAUACAAUAAGUCAUUAACGAUAGGCCAUUCUGUCUAAUAUAAUAUAAAAUAGAAAAAUAACAAAGCGAAUAUAUAUUUUGUAACAAAAGCAAAAGUUAUUCGUUUCAGCGAUUGUAGAAUACACUCUUGCUUUGAUUUUCUGCUAAUAUUUACUGCAUUUUUAUUCAUAUGUUUCUUUAUGUUACCGAUAAAUAAUCAUGCGGUUGAAGAGUAUGUAUAUUAAAAAUUACGAACUAUUAUCACUAUCACAUCAAAAUAAUUCCAAUAAUAAAAAUGUGCAAAUUUGUAAAAAAGAAAGAACAAUUAUAUUUCCAUGUAAUUUACAACACUAAUGAAAUCUCUGCGAAUUUGCUUAUCCAAAAGGCUAUCCUCACAUACAUAUUGAAAGAUUCACUUUUUUUUGCACGCGACAUAUAGUGUAUGUUAUACACAUUUAUAUGGAUCUGUGUCACGUGCGCGGCGCACGAAUUGUCAUUAUUAUAAUGUAAUGUACAAGCAGAUCACGCAAAGCACUAUCUCCAACGUGCUGUGCUAUUUUAUUCGAUCGUUACAUUGCAUCUUGAGGAAACUCUCGACCAAAUAGUAUCACGGAAUCGUUAUUCAUUAAAUCGCCGAUAACCGAUAACCUAUCGGAUAGUGCAACUUUCCACGUAUGAGAUAAUAGUAACUUGGGAAAUUCCCAUUGCGGUUUCUUUAGAUUUCUUUACAUAUUUGUCGUAUUCAACUGUAUGCUACGCAAUAUAAUCAAUGCGAGUUAUUUAUUAUAUAUAUUAUUGACGAAAUAUCUUGUUUUGAUAUGGAGAUAUUCAGUCGCCCGAUUAAUUAAAGGUUCUCAAGAACAGCAUGACUAUAUCGAAGGUGUGGUGUGCAACCAGGAAGAUAUCAACGAAAAUGAAAUGAAAUUACUACCGCUUGGAGAUAAUGAAAGCAAAAUUUUGUUAAUAAAACAAAAAGGAGAAUUGCAUGCAAUUGGUAACAAAUGUACACAUUAUGGAGCUCUGCUACAUACUGGUGCAUUAGGAGAAGGACGAGUGAGAUGUCCAUGGCAUGGGGCAUGCUUUAAUAUUAAAACUGGAGAUAUUGAAGAUUAUCCAGGCUUGGAUUCUUUACCAUGCUACAAGAUUCGCAUAGAUGAAGCCGGUCUUGUACACGUAAAAGCCAAACGUAAAGAUCUGGAUACUAAUAAACGUGUGAAGGACAUGUCUGCACGUGAUCCUGAAAAUAUAAAAACAGUCGUUAUAGUCGGUGGAGGACCGGCGGGUGCAACCUGUGCAGAAAGUCUGCGACAAGAAGGUUUUACAGGACGCAUUAUUAUGAUAUGCAGAGAGAAUGUCGUACCCUAUGACCGAAUAAAAGUAUCCAAAGUAUUAGAUUUCGACGUUCAGAAAGCAGCAUUACGGCCUCCUGAGUUUUAUGAUGAACACGAAAUUGAAAGAAAACUUGGUGUAGAAGCUAUAGGGCUAGAUACAACUCAAAAUAUUGUUAAACUGAGUGACAAUGAGAACUUAAAGUAUAAUGACCUAUUCAUAUGCACAGGCAGUAAACCGAGAAUGCCAAAUAUACCUGGAAGUAAUUUGUCCAACAUUUUUGUGCUGCGAGAUUAUACUGAUUCACAAGGUGUAUAUUCACAGCUUUCUCCCGAAAAACAUGUAGUUGUAUUGGGAUUAGGCUUCAUCGGCAUGGAAGCGGCAGCUUAUUGUAUCAACAAAUGUGCAUCUAUUACGGUAAUAGGACGCGAUACUGUGCCUCUUAAAGCGAUAUUCGGCACGGACAUUGGUGAUAGAAUUAGAAAAGAGCAUGAAGCAAAAGGAGUAAAGUUUAUCUUUCAAAACAAUAUCAAGCAAUUUAUUCCAAAGGAAGAUGAAGAAAAUGUUUUGGGUAAAGUCGAACUUACGGAUGGUCAGAUUUUACCAGCGGAUAUAGUUAUUGUUGGAAUAGGCUCUACUUUUUACACAGAUUGGCUGAAAGAAUCAGUUCUUAAAAUGAGGAACGAUGGCACUAUAAUAGUAAAUAAGCAUCUAAAAACGAAUAUAGAAAAUGUAUAUGCUGGAGGUGAUAUAGCUUAUGCACCAAUAUAUGGAUCCGAUGACACAUUGGCUGCAAUAGGUCAUUAUUCUUUAGCCCAUUAUCAUGGCAAAGUUGCAGCUCAAAACAUAUGUGGUAAAGAAACUCCUUUGAAGACAAUACCGUUCUUUUGGACCAAUUUACUGGGCAGAAAUUAUAGAUACGCAGGUCAUGGAAAACCUACUAGCAUAAAAAUUCAUGGCUCAUUGGAUAAAUUGGAAUUCUUUGCUUAUUAUCUUAAAGAUAGUAAAGUAAUAGGAAUGAGCAGUCUUAAUGCUGAUCCUGUUGUAUCAGAUUUUGCAAAUCUGCUUUAUGAAGAAAAGACGUUAACAGAAGAGGAAAUUAAUACAGACCCAUUUGGUUGGAUGAGAAAUAAGCCAAAGAAUGCGUUAACGCGAUUUCAAGAUAGUUUUUUAGUAGAUGUAAAGGCUUGAAUUGUGUACAAAUAUUAACAUAAAUCAGUUAUUUGAAAUGUCACAGUAUUAACUCCACUUUUUGAUUUACAUUGAUGUACAUGAUGUACAUUAUCAAUAUAUCUUAUCAAGCUUAUGUAAUAUAUUCAGUAUAUUGUAUCAAUUUACAUAAAAUUGUUGAAAAGAAAA